GAGGGGCGGUCCCUUUCGGCCCCGCCCACCCUCCGCGGAUAAAUUGGGAUUCGCGAAGACUUCGCACUCAGCUCAAAAGCCAGCGCCAUGGUCAUGAUCUUGGGUUAUUGGGACAUUCGCGGGCUUGCUCACGCGAUCCGCCUGCUCCUGGAGUACACAGACUCACCCUACGAGGAGAAGAAGUACACCAUGGGGGCUGCUCCGGACUAUGACAGAAGCCAGUGGCUGAAUGAAAAAUUCAAGCUGGGCCUGGACUUCCCCAAUCUGCCCUACUUAAUUGAUGGGGCUCACAAGAUCACCCAGAGCAACGCCAUCCUUCGCUACAUUGCCCGCAAACACAACCUAUGUGGGGAGACAGAAGAGGAGAAGAUUCGCAUGGACAUUUUAGAGAAUGAGGUUAUGGACAAUCGCAUAUACUUUGCCAGGAUCUGCUACAACCCUGACUUUGAGAAACUGAAGCCUGGGUACCUGGAGGGCCUCCCUGACAAGAUGAAGCUCUACUCACAGUUUCUGGGGACGAGGCCUUGGUUUGCUGGGGAGAAGCUCACUUAUGUGGAUUUCCUGGCUUAUGACCUGCUUGAUAUACUGCGUAUGUUUGAGCCCAAGUGCCUGGAUGCAUUCCCGAACCUGAAGGAGUUUGUGGCCCGCUUUGAGGGCCUGAAGAAGAUCUCUGCCUACAUGAAGUCCAGCCGCUUCCUCCCAGGCCCUCUGUUUCUAAAGGUUGCCAUGUGGGGCAACAAGUAGGGCCAAGUGGGAGGAGAUGCCAGCGAGGGGCCAGAGCUGUGCUCGGUGUGUGUCCCCGAACAGCAGUCAUGCCCUCUGUCCUUUGGUGCAUUCCUUUGUUCCCAUGAAAUACCCGUCAGUCCCCUUGCUCCUUCCCAACCCUGUCUUCAUCCGGACCCUUUGACGUAGCUCUCUACUUCAGCAAAUUUCCUCCCCCACCAGUGUUAUCCCUCCUGCACUAAAACCAACUGGAGCAUUCUUCAAUUGGCAGUUGCUGUUCCCUCUCCUGGCCUAGGGAGCUCAUCCCCAAGCCCCCCAGCACUGCCCCAAAUCCCCGUGUGACCCGGGGUCCCAGGCCCGGCUGUCCCAGGAGGGUGGUUCUGCCCAGCCCUGCAUGAUCUGCAGUAAAGCCUUACUCACUCUGA